CUUCACACUGCAAUGGUGACUGAUCCGGAGAGAUGAAGCUUCAACAAAACGCGCAAGUUUGUGCUUCUGCUGUAUGAAGUUCAGAUAUUACCUAUGACCAGCGGAUGCAGAGCCAUGGAGAGCCUCUCGCAGCACAGCUCCUACCUACUGCAGCAGCUGCAGGAGCAGCGCAUCCAGGGCAUGCUGUGUGACUGCACCAUCGUGGUGAAGGGCGUCUGCUUCAAAGCCCAUAAGAAUGUCCUAGCUGCAUUCAGCUCCUAUUUCAGGUCUCUUUUCCAGAACGCCACCAGUCAAAGAAAUGAUGUUUUCCAUUUAGUAAUUCAAGAUGUAGGUGGAAUCGGGCAAGUGUUGGACUACAUGUACACGUCUCAUCUGGAGUUAAAUGAUGAUAACGUUCAGCCUUUACAGGACGUGGCCCAGUAUCUGCAGGUGCCCAGCAUUCUGAGCAUGUGCACUGGGUUCUCUUCUGCUUCCGUUGUUGAUGCCUCAGCAGCCUGUUUGCCGAUAAGCCAGGAAGAGCAGUGCAUGCUGGGAGCUAGUCUUCACACCGAGAGCGACGAUCCCACGGAAACCCUGAAGCCCCUGAACAGUUCCAAUGGGGAAGAUACUACAUCCAAAGAAGACUCACAAGUUGAAGGAAAUUUGGUCUCUAAUAUGAAUUCAACUAUAACUGGUCCGCCCAUGCAUGGCUACAAGUUGCGAAAUUUUUAUAGCAAACUGUAUUUCAAGCAGUCUGCACAGAAAAGCUCCUCCUCAGUUGUGCAAAGUCAGAAUGAACUUUCAGUGGACAGAAUGUCCACUGAAAGCUCCGUAGGCAACAAUUCUACCACUGCUGGCCAAAACACUGUCAUGCAAACGAGUGUGAAUACAUCAACGCCAACUUGUGAAGCUACCAGGUCUGCAGAAUCUGACUCCAUGUCCCAUCUGUCCAUGACAGUGCGGCCCAAGAAGGCCGUGUAUCUGAAAAAAUACAACUAUCUGUGCUCUGAGGGAACUGGGGUGAGCAUGCCCGUUGCAGAGAGUCCAUUUUUUGGCCAGUGUACAAACGAAGGUACGCAGGAGGAACAAAACGACCUGGCUGAUAGCUUGGCGGCUGAGACUCAAAAGUUAGAAGACUCGGGGUCGGAUAAAAUUGAGCAAGCGUCCACACUUCUUAAAUCGAGUGUUGUGGAGACUUGCUCCGGGUCAAGUGGGAAUCCACCAGACAAAACGGAAAAUAGCAGUUACUGUUGUGAAAUAUGUAGGAAAACUUUUAAACACCCAAGCAACCUGGAGCUCCACAAGCGCUCACAUACAGGUGAGAAACCAUUCCAGUGCAAUAUUUGUGGGAAGAAUUUUUCACAGUCUGGUAAUUUGCAGACACAUUUACGACGGCACUCAGGAGAAAAACCAUACAUAUGUGAACUCUGUGGGAAAAGUUUUGCUGCCUCUGGAGACGUUCAGCGUCACAUAGUGAUCCAUACAGGAGAGAAGCCCCAUUUGUGUGAUGUUUGUGGACGGGGGUUCAGUAACUUCAGCAACUUAAAAGAACACAAAAGGACACACUCCACAGAUCAAGCAUUUACCUGUGACCAGUGUGGCAAGACUUUCAACAUGAGCAGGAAGUUGCAGAGACAUAAAAUUUGUCACACCGGGGACAGACAUCACAGCUGCCAAACUUGCGGCAAGCGGUUUGGGAGCGCGGGUGACCUACAGCGCCACAUCCGCUCGCACUCGGGUGAAAAGCCCUACUCGUGUGAAAUGUGUGGCAAAUCUUUCACGCGCUCCUCUGUUCUCCGCCGCCACCACAGCAUCCACUGCAAAUCCUUCAAAGAAACCACUCUCAGCUCAGACAGGAAGGAGACACAGCAAGCAAACAAAUCACCGCUUUCCAACCCAACAAUGUCUAAAGCCACCAGAACCCCAGACCAAUGUUUUGGUUUCUGUCCUCAGCAGCAGCACCUUGAACCCAGAUCUGGCACAGAACUCAAUAGUGGCUCUUCCAUGGUUGUGGAAUUGCAGCAUGCUGUACCCAACAACCACAUUUUUAUUUCUAAUCUGGGUAGAGGCGCUUACACUGGCCUCCACUCGAAAAUCCUGCGGACCGUGCCAAUUGAGGUCUCUAUUGCCCCCUGUCCAGGUAGUCAUGCGCCCUCUGCCAGUUUUGCCAAGGCUCCUGCCACCUUGGCCACUCUCUCUGCCAGUAGUCAGAGCACAGGCGCUCUCGCCAAGAGCAGUGAGCACAUUUUCCCGGUGUAAUUUUGAAAGCAGGACAUUUCCAGAUGAAGGGUUGAGAACGCCCAGCGAAGCUGCCCGUUUUCUCCUCUGUUUCCUUCGCCCGCUGGGUGGGCAAGAUGUUCUCCCCUCCCGUAUACUCUACCCGCUGGUCGUAUGGUGCCAAUCACUGCCAGCGGGUGAAGGAAACGGAGGGGAAAACAAGCAGCAUCCCUGGGCGCCGGGCCAGAUGGGCCAACUGGAUCCAUGCAAUUCUAUCAGGUAUCCCAAGCAAGCUCACUCACUGACACACAACUCAUUCAAAACUUGGCAGCAUGAAUUAUCACCGGCAUAAAAUCCUCCCAGCACAUUACACCUAUCCUGCGUCAACUGCACUGGCUUCUAAAAUCUCAAAGGAUUGACUUUCAAAUACUUCUUUUAUGAGGACCAUCACAUAUAUGAGCCACAAGGCUAGCUGUCACAGGUGUAAGCAUGAGUACUGUUACCAACACAAUUUGCAAUACAACUUGCUGUCUCUCAUGAGGAAGUCAGCUUUCAGAUUUGAUGCCCCGGAUGGAGUGCCACACUUAAAGUGAUACUGUCCCAUUUUUGGAAAUAUUUUACACCUCCCCUUGAGUUAAGUAUUACCGUCUCCUGUACUUUCAACUGUUCUCUGGGUAUGGCAGUGCAAAUUUUACCUCCAAGCUAGCAGUUAACAUUGAGUCCUAUGAGACCAGAAGAAAAUUUGCACUACCAUACCAAGAGAACAAUUGAAA